AUGUGGCGCCAGGGCAGCUCCUGUGGCACUGGGAUGGUUGCCAGGCCCACGGCUGCUCCUUCCUCAGAACUGGGAGUGCUUGUCGUUUACUCUGUGAAUAUGGAGAGAAAGCUGAAUACUGCUGCCCAUCACACAUCUGAGUACCAAACCAAGAAGCUCGUGGUCAGGCGUGGACAGAUAUUCACCCUGAAGGUGAUAGUAAACAGACCUCUCCAAUCUCAGGAUGAACUGAAGGUGACAUUUAUUACCGGACAGACAAUCCCAUUCUACAUGGUGGAGCUUGAUCCGAUGACAUCCUACCGUUCUAAGGGCUGGCAGGUGAAAAUUGCCAAACAGUCUGGCGUGGAGAUUGUACUGAAUGUCAUCAGUGCUCCUGACGCCGUAGUGGGAAGGUACAAGCUGAGUGUGAAUGAUUAUAAAGCUGGAGUACUCUACCUUCUCUUCAAUCCAUGGUGUUCAGAUGACAGUGUCUUCAUGGCUAGUGAGGAAGAACGAGCAGAGUACAUCCUUAACGAUACCGGCUACAUAUACAUGGGUUUCGCCAAACAAAUUAAAGAGAAGCCCUGGACCUUUGGUCAGUUUGAGAAGCACAUCCUGAGCUGCUGCUUCAACUUGUUGGGCCAGUUGGAGCACAGUGAGAUGCAGAACCCAGUGAUUGUGUCCAGGGCCAUCUGUACUAUGAUGUGUGCUGCGAAUGGUGGAGUGCUAAUGGGUAAUUGGACAGGAGACUAUCCCAAUGGCACUGCUCCAUAUGUGUGGACCAGCAGUGUACCAAUCCUGCAGCAGCAUUAUGUCACCAGGAUGCCUGUACUCUACGGCCAGUGCUGGGUUUUCUCUGGAAUCCUGACCACAGCACUGAGAGCAGUGGGCAUCCCAGCUCGCAGCGUGACUAACUUUGAGUCAGCCCACGAUACAGAAAAGAACCUCACAGUAGACAUCUACCUGGAUGAAUCGGGCAAGACAAUUCCACAUCUGACCAAAGACUCUGUUUGGAAUUUCCACGUGUGGACAGAUGCCUGGAUGAAAAGGCAUGAUCUCCCGCAGGGCCAUGAUGGUUGGCAGGUCCUGGAUUCUACACCACAGGAAAUCAGCGACGGAGGCUUCCGCACUGGGCCUUCACCACUGACUGCUAUCCGCCAGGGAUUGGUCCAAAUCAAGUAUGACACCACGUUUGUGUUCACGGAGGUCAACGGUGACAAGUUAAUCUGGUUGGUGAGGCAGAACCAGGAAAGGGAGAAGAAUGUCCUCAUCGCUGUGGAGACUGCUAGCAUCGGCAAGAACAUCAGCACCAAGAUGGUGGGCGAGAACAGACGUGAAGAUAUUACCUUGCAAUACAAGUUCCCAGAAGGCAGCCCAGAGGAGAGGAAGGCCAUGGAGAGGGCCUCUGGUAAACGUACUGAUGACAAGCUCAACUCUCGGACACUGAACAACACUCUUCAGAUAUCUGUUCUCCAGAACUCUUUGGAGCUAGGAGCUCCUAUCUAUUUGACCAUAACUUUGAGAAGGAAAACCACCACCCCACAGAAUGUCAACAUUUCAUGCUCCCUCAACCUACAGACAUACACAGGCAACAAGAAGACAAACCUGGGAGUCAUUCAGAAGACUGUGCAGAUCCACGGCCAAGAAUCAAGGGUGUUUCUCACCAUGGAUGCCAGCUACUACAUCUAUAAACUGGGCAUGGUUGAUGAUGAGAUGGUCAUUAAAGGGUUCAUCAUUGCAGAAAUUGUGGAUACUGGUGAAAGGGUGGCCACUGAUACAACCCUGUGUUUCCUGUACUCUGCCUUCUCUGUAGAGAUGCCGAGCACAGGCAAGAUCAAUCAGCCUCUCAUCAUCACUUGCAAAUUCACGAACACCCUGCCCAUCCCUUUGACUAACAUCAAGUUCUCAGUGGAAAGCCUGGGCCUUGCUAACAUGAAAUCCUGGGAACAAGAGUGAUCUUGUGUCAUUUAAAUGUUCAGAGCAAAUCAGUGCUGGUUCUCAGCUUGCAGGAACAUGGGCUA